UGAGGCGAAGAGAUGGAAUAAACAGAAGCGGACUAUGGACAAGGUCAGACAGCCCAAGUGUAUCCAGGACUACAACACACACAUGGGAGGAGUGGACCUGCAUGACCAGUUUGUCAGCCGCUACAGAGUCAAGAUCCGGUCCAAGAAGUGGUGGUGGCCAUGCUUCAGCUGGGCCCUGAACAGUGCCAUGGUGAACAGCUGGUGCUAUUACAGGUCCUGGAAAAGCGGGGAGAAGGAUCUCCUCUCCUUCCAGAGGCUGGUAGCCCAGACCCUCCUCCUGCGCCAUGGAACAAAGCCAAGUAGGCAGGGCAGAAGAUCUUCAAUGGCGGUGGCGAUAACUGAUGCCACCAGGUUUGAUAAUUUGAACCACUGGCCCUGCAACACUGGUAGCAGGUACAAGCGAUGCAAGAACUGCGGCGGACGCACAUCAUUUGCGUGUGGAAAGUGUGAUGUGCCACUACAUGUGGAGUGCUUCAAGAAGUACCACACUGAGUAGAACAUGCAUGAAAGAUGAUGGAAUGUAUGGGAAGAAAUAUGUUAUAUAUGUAUAUA